GCCCGUCUCCGCGUAAGUGCACAAGCUCCCCGGCCCCAGGCCCGGGCCCCCAGGAGGCCUUCAUGGAGCCCGAGCGCUGCCUGCCUUAUGGAGCGGGUCCCGGAGCUUACCCAGCGGGGGCCGACAAGCCCCCAGGACCCCCGCCUCACCUGCACCCAGCUCCACUCCCCGGACCCCGGAUUGCUCGCUACGCGACGACCUGCGGAACACUGGAGCCUUAUUCCCCGGAGGCGGCCAAGCCCCCCGCCAAGUACCUGCAGGAAUCCGGGCCUGGGCCGACCCUCAACGGCAGGCGCUUUUACGAGGCCCCUGCGGAAGUGGAAGAGAAGGUCUCCAAAGUCACCAGCUUCCCCCCACUGCCUCUAGACUGUCCAGGGGGCCCCUUGGAGGGACCUCCAGAGCUAAGAGGUUCCCCAGCACCCUGCCUGGCCAGGCUUCGGGGACCUCUCAGCCCCCAGCUCACUGACUCAAUGGAACUACCCAAGAACAAAAACAAAAAACGGAGGAACCGAACCACGUUCAGCACCUUCCAGCUGGAAGAGCUGGAGAAGGUUUUCCAGAAGACCCAUUACCCUGAUGUGUAUGCAAGAGAACAGCUAGCCCUCAGGACCGACCUGACUGAGGCCCGGGUACAGGUCUGGUUCCAGAACCGAAGAGCUAAAUGGAGGAAACGGGAGAGAUAUGGGAAGAUCCAGGAGGUGAGGAACCCCUUCACAGCCACCUAUGACAUUUCAGUGCUACCCCGGACAGACAGCUAUCCCCAGCUGCAGAGCAACCUGUGGCCCAGUCCAGGCUCCGGGAGCCCCGGAGGCCCCUGUCUGAUGCCCCCAGAGGGGAUUCCAUCCCCGUGCACGUCACCGUACUCCCAUUCCCACAGCAAUGUGGCUGGUUUUAUGGGCGUGCCAGCUUCCCCGGGACCUCCUCCGGGCAUCUAUUCCAUCCAUGGAUUCUCCCCGGCUCUGGGGGGCCACAGCUUUGAGACAGCCCCUGAUGGUGACUACAAGUCUCCCAGCCUGGUCUCUCUGAGGAUGAAGCCCAAAGAGCCACCAACCCUCCUCAACUGGACCACGUGAUUGGGUCACCCCAAUUCUGGACUGCCUCCUCCUGGACUGCCCUACAGAUCUUCCUCAUCAGAUGCAGCCAGUCCUUAUUCUUUUUUUUUCCAGUCCUUAUUCUUAAUCUACCCCCCCCCAAGUCCCAUAUACAGGAGAGGGAUCAUUUCUGCCUCUAUUAAUUUUUAGACACCAGAGAGGGCACAUCCUCUACCCCUCAUCUGCCACUCUCACCCACCCUACCCCUCACACAGAGAGGUCCAAAGCAGCUGUGUCUACCCCAAGUCCAACAAUGGACUGGAAUUGUCUUCCUUCCUUCCUUUCCUUUUCCUCUUAUCCUCCCUUCUUUUUUCUCCUUCCAUUCAUCUUCCUUCAUUCCUUUUUCCCCUCCUCCCUCCUUUCCUUCCUUCUUUUCUUCCUUUCCUUUUUCCUCUUAUCUUUCCUUUUUUCCUUCCAUUCCUCUCCCUUCCUUCCUUUUUCUUCCCUCUUCCCUUCUUCUUCUUCCUUCCUUCCUCUCUCCCUCCCACCCUUCUUUUUUUCCUCCCUUCCUUUCUUCUUUUUUUUCUUUCCUUCCCAGUAGCUCUGCAGAGAUGAUAGGAAUUUUCCACCUGCCUGGGCACUUCAAUAGCCACCUGGACAUCUUAGCCCUUUUUCUAAUCUGCUCCCCAUCCUUGGGGUUGGGGAGAUUUGGGAAACAGCUGCUCUUCCUCCCUUGAGGCUCUUUCUCAUUCAAUCUGCAGACUCCCAGAUUCAGGGAGUCCCCGUUCGUGGUAGUGAUGGGGCCUCAGGUAGAUGAGGUAAGAGCUGGAUUGGUGAAUGCUACAGAACACCAUGAAGCUUCCAUUGGGGGACAGCAUUAAGGAGACAACAAUAGGCAGCCAGCCAAAGUGGCCCCAACUGUGCCAGUGACAAUGGCAAUGAUACUGAGAACUGAUGCCCUUUUCUAAGUGCUUUCCCAUAUCUCCUCCUGAGUGAUUCUCAUACUCUCAUUACCCAGUAAGAAGGGUGCCAACGAGAGGAGGUCAGGUCGAUCUGUUCCAUGUUUUCUCUUGGUGGCAGGGACCAUAGUGGAAGUCCUUUGGACAAUCCUUGGUUCUACAGAUGAAGAGUUAAUAAGAGACAGAGCUGGGAUUUGAAUCCAGGCCUUCUUUGGGGCUUUUAAUUCUACUAUUCUGUUGAAGGAGAUUUUAACCAUUUUCCACUUCAAAAUGUUUCUUAUCCUUAUUCCCAGCCAACAGCAGGAGAAGAGGGAGUAAGGAGGAACCUGUUAAAUGGGAUGGGAUGGGAUGGGAGUGGGAAGGCAGCUGAGAUGACUGACAGGGCUCAAUGGCAUGAUGUCCCAGUCCACCACAGCAUGAAAAUCUUCAAGGAUGAAGAGAAUUUCAUGGUGUUGGGUUUUCCUUAUCCCCACUCUCAAAGCCCUUGAACCCUGCUCCCUCCCAGAGGAAUAGAUGUGUUAUUUGGGGAGGCUUUUCCUCUGGACCCUACACCUCCCUCAUUCUUGAACCCCCUUUUCCCAUUAGUCUAUGGAGUCAUCCCCUGGUUCCCUAAGGAACUGAAAUUCCAAAGCAAAUCACCAAAUAUGGCAAUUUUGGUGAGCCUUCCCAUGGUGUAGGUCCAGAGCCAUCACAGAGCUGUGCCAGGCUAUUGUCAUGGAAACACCAAUGGUUCCCAAACCCCCUCCUCCCAAACCCUGGAACCAUUGGUUGGCUCCUCAGUAAAGAAGAGCUAUGACCCAAUUCCUCCGUAGUCUCCCCAUCAGGGGACACCAAAUAAAUGUUGACCCCGUGAUAUUCUAACCACCCUAUUUUGUAAAAACUACAUCCGCAAAGUUUUUGUCAUUGUCAUAAACAAUAAAGGGCUUUCUUUUUA